AUGGAAAACUCUUCUUUGCAACAACCAAAGCAGGAAGUUCAGGGAGAAACCGGAAAGCCAUCUGAAGCUGAUCAAUUAGAGGUUGGUGAAAUCGCACAUCAAGGUCCAAGGAGAAAACUGGGUUCGAGCCGCAGAGUGAAAGCAAGGAAGCCAGAAUUAACCAGCACUAAUGAUGACAUAGCUCAUGAAAGCAAAGAGUUGGUUCCAUCGGAGGAUCUUUCCCACCCCCCAGAUGAGAAAACCCCUCUUAGCCAAGAACGCAACCAGGAAAAGUCAAGAUCAGAGCUGGAGACAUCUUCCCAUCCUGAUGCACUGGCGGAAGAAGCAGCUGUUGCGAGGAAAAGAAAAAUGGGCUCACAUAGAAAGCCCCACACCGACCAGACCACCAGACAACAAGGGCACAGUGACGAGAGACUACUGCAUCCUCUGGAAAAAGCAACAGCAGAGUCUACAAAACAGAGACAACCCUCACAGGUCGAUGAAAGGGACAGUGCGUUAUCCACUGCCACUGCUUUUAAUAUUAAGGGGGAGUCUAGGUCUGUGGGUCAGAGUAUACCACAUCAACUGUCUCAUCCUUCUACAAAUGUGCGACUGGCCCAGCAACGAAAUGUCAACCUUGCUGCAGGUUAUGAUCCGAAUGCCAUAAAGUAUGAGGUGGUCAUGAUUGGAGACAGCAGUGUAGGAAAGACCUCCUUUAUGCAGAGGGCUCAGAGCGGAAGGUUUUCUUCAGAUGUUCCAGCCUCCAUUGGAAUGGAUUCAUACAAGUGGACUGUGGUUGUGGAUGGAAAACCUGUUGUGCUACAUUUAUGGGAUACAGCUGGUCAGGAAAGAUUUCACAGCAUGACAAAACAGCUUUUCCAUCGAGGCCAGGCUUUUCUGUUGAUGUAUGACAUCUCCUGUCGGCAGACUUUCACUGCUGUGAGUUACUGGGCAAACUGCAUCAAGGAUGGAGCUGGGGAGAAUGUAGUCACUUUACUACUUGGAAAUAAGUGUGACAGCAAAGAAAGAAAAGUUACAAGAGAUGAAGGGGAAAUCCUUUCCCAAGAGAAUGGCUUUAACUUCAUUGAGUGCAGUGCUGCGUCAGGUGAAAAUGUUGUUGAAGCCUUGGAAACCGUUGCCAGACUGUUAGAUCAAAAGGUUCAAAAGGCUGCUCGGAGGGAGGAACCACUUUUGUUGCGGAAACCUGAACCAAGGAAUAAAGGAUGUUGCUAA